UGUGAUGUCAUUCACUGGCUCUCAUUUUGGAAGGGAUUCAGUCGCCAUCGCAGAUACACCAACAGCUUCGCACUGGGAAGCGGCCGUUCACCUGCUCCGUGUGUGUGAAGAGACUCAUUCAGUUAACCCACCUUGUGAUGCUCCGAAACUUUCAAUGGCUCCGGGAUUAACUUGAAAGCUCUUUAACAAUUCUCGCCGUCGCUGAAGCACCGACCGAAUGCGCAGGCGUCAGGGUCGCGGCUGGUCCCGAAUAUCACGCAUGCGCAGUACACAAAAGGCCUCGGAUAUCGCUGCCGGUGAGUGUUUCUCCGUGAGACCGUUUUCACUACCGACUGAGGGGCAAUUGCUGUGACUCCGGAAACUGUGACCCGCAAUCCCGGGACAGUCCUGUUCUCUUCCCUCUCUCUCAGCCCCACGAUCCCCGCACGGACCCCGGGGAGCUUCCGGCUGAUGAGGAAAUGGGAGCCGAUGGAUCUCUCAGACAGAGCUGAGCUCCAGCUAUCCAAAUGCAAGGACUGGGAACUCGGAGACAGGGAACAAAAUCUUUUACACCACCAGUGUGGGGCCAAGCACCCAUGCAGCUCAGUGAAGAGAGUCAAUCUGAGCCAGGACACAGAUUGGAGAUGGCAGAAAUGCCCCAUUCUUAUCGAGACAGGAAGAGCAUCAGAGAGUUUGAUGGUUAUCCCAGAUACCAGCACUGUGCCCAGUUAGAAGAUGAUUUCUCUCCAACUUGGGUUGAACUUCACUGUAACAGUGUGAUGUCAGAUCACACCAUGACGACUCAAGAGAUCUCAUCUGACAUGUUGUCCUUCACCCACUGAUGGAUUUUGUAAAUCAUUUUACAGGUUUAAUAUGACAAGGAAUUUGUCUAUGAGAAUCUCAAAAACAACACACUCGAUAUCGUUCCUGCUCAGACAGUGGGAAUGGAUUCAGUCGGUCAUUUCAACUGAAGGUACAUCAGCAAGUUCACACUGGACAAGGCCAUUCACCUGUUCUGUGUGUGAGAAGGGAUUCAGUCGGUCUUCCCACCUGUGGACACACCAGUCAGUUCACACUGGGCAGAGGCUGGUCAUCUGCUAAAUUUGUGGGGAAGCAUUUAUUCGGUCAUCUGACCUAAUGGCUCACCAGCGAGUUCACACCGGGGAGUGGCCGUUCACCUGCUCAGACUGUGGGAAGGGAUUCACUUGCUCAUCUCAACUGAAGGUACAUCAGCGAGUUCACACUGGGGAGAGGCCAUUCACCUGCUCAGACUGUGGGAAGGGAUUCACUCAGUCAUCUAAACUGAAGGCACAUCAACGAGUUCACACUGGGGAGAGGCCGUUCACCUGCUCAGACUGUGGGAAGGGAUUCACUGAGUCAUUUCAUCUACUGAGACACCAGUCAGUUCACACCGGAGAGUGGCCAUUCACCUGCUCUGAAUGUGGGAAGGGAUUCGCUUGCUCAUCUAAACUGAAGGUACAUCAGGGAGUUCACACUGGGGAGAGGCCAUUCACCUGCUCAUUCUGUGGGAAGGGAUUCACUUUAUCAUCUCAGCUACUGAGACACCAGUCAGCCCACAUAGGGAAAUGGCCGUUCACCUGCUCAGUCUGUGGGAAAGGAUUCAUUUUCUCAUCUCAACUGAAGGUACAUCAGAGAGUUCACACUGGGGAGAGGCCAUUCACCUGUUCAGACUGUGGGAAAGGAUUCUUUCAGUCAUCCCACCUUCAAGAACACCGGUUAGUUCACAGUGGGGAGCGGUCGUUCAUCUGCUCAGUAUGUGGGAAGGGAUUCACUCGGUUAUCUCAACUACAGAGACACCAGCGAGUUCACACAGGGGAGAGGCCAUUCACCUGCUCCGUGUGUGGGAAGGGAUUCACUUGGUUAUCCCAACUACAUAAACACCAGCGAGUUCACACUAGGUAGAGGCCGAUCACCUGCUCAAUCUUUGGAGAGAGAUUCUCUCAGCCAAAUCAAUCAUAUGUGUAUCAUUGAGUCCACACUGGGGAGAGACAGUUCACCUGCUGUGAAUGUGGGAAAGGAUUCACUCAGUCAUCUAACCUUAUGUAACUCUCGCUUCAGCUAGCAGCUCAAUAUUGGGGGUGAUAGCUUCCCAGCCCGGGCAAGUUAAGAAAUCUCGUUUGGGUGGAUGCUGCGUGAUGUGUCCCCUGUUACAAAUCAGUAUCCCAAAAUAACAAACGGUACACAAUAUGUGAUUAAACGAUUGCUCUUUAUAAUUCUUACUUUGACUAUAGGGUUAGUGAAGUAAACAAAAAAAAAAGAAAAAGAGCCCGCUCUCACCAUUCGCGCCUUGUCAUCUCUCUCCAGCAAAUGACCAUGAAAAUCUCUCUUCCAGACUCACAAGGGAGAACAUUUUUGUCAUUGGAUAGCCCUGCACUCCAAAACCCUGUUAUCUCUAGUCGUAACCUAAACAUCACUGCUUCAGAUAAACCAUUACCUGAGCAGUGAAACAUUGCUGAGUGGCCGUUACAUUAGCAGUGAAACCUACAGCAUGUUACACUUGUGACACACUGCUGGGUUCACACUGGGGAGAACGUUUCAAUAAGCUGCUUGCUGGAUAUUUGUCCAUCACCAUUGCUGAAUACAAUUUCGAGAAUGACUAUCGGUGCUGAACUCUGCAAUUAUUGCUGCUGGUCACCACACCCAGUUCUGCACCCUGGUCACUGGGCAUGGGAGGAGUUUCUUCUGCUGCAUAUUCACCUUUAAUGGGACUGGAGUUUAAAAUUCUGGAUCUGAGACAAAUAAGUCAUUUCUAUUUUAAACUCUGUCUCUGGUACUUAGUGAAUUUAUAACACACCUAGUGUACAGUAGAGAAUCAGCUCAGGCCAGCUGGACCCUGCCAGUGAUUCAGUUCCAUGGCAGUCCUUUGAAAUCCUCCCCUGUUGUUCAUCUCUCGCUCUCCCUGUGGUGAUGGGUUCCAAACAGUCACCACUCUGUGGGUGAAGAGGUUUCCCUUGAAUUCUCAGCAGUCUGAAGAAGUCGAGCUGACUGCAGUUCUGUCUGAGAUGUUCUUCGUCCCUCUAAUCUCUGGCCUGAGGAAGAAUGACAUUGGUCAUUAAAUUCCUUAAUCACUACUCAUUUCCACAUUAUGGGUCAUUUUUCCUGCUUCUGAAGGGUUGUUAGAAAACACCACUGUCCUCUAAAGACUGAAAACAGAAUGGGAAACCAUCAGUUGGAUGAUCAGUGGAGCAGGGUCAGAAACCAGAGGCAGGUCUGCACAGGGCAGAGUUUGGGGCUCUGGACGAUGGUCGGGGUAAGACGUAUGAUGAGGAGAAGGGAAUCAGCAACAGGGCAUGGCAACGAAUGACAGAGUAACAACAUUUGGAAGCAGACUGACAGAGAAAAUCUUUUGGUUGUCUGACUGAUGACACAAAUAAUACCUGUGGUGAGGUGCUCCACUGGUUGAGGAACAUGUGUGUGUGUGUUGGGAAUGGUUUUAUCUAUUGACUGAAUUGUUCCUGCUUGUUUAUCCUGUAAUAUUAUAUCCAGAUGGUUUUAUGGAUGGUCCUGUCUGAAAUAAUGUAUGUAUUAUCCUAUAAUUUGUAAGAUUUUGACUCUAAAACUGGAACAGCCUUGAAUUUAUGGUGCCUUUAUGAAGUUAUGGAGGACAUUCAUGAGUUUGUAUUUUAAAGCAAAAUUUUGGUGAAUGAUAUUUGCCACUUUAUUGUACCGCUGUAAGUAAUCAGAUUGAGUUAAACUGCUGCAGGAUCCUGGCAUGUGUUGCAUUGUGUCUGGUUUCUCUUGGCAUUUUCUGCACUUAUUGCCUUGUUUGUUUGUAUUUCAUGUAUUUUUGAUUUUUUUACUUUCUUUUUGUUAACCACCUUGUCCUGUAUUUCUGCAAGGAACCCCUCUGUUUCUGGGAAGAGUUUUCCAACUCUCCGUCAGGUGCUCGAUGCUUCCUUGUGAACAUCUCGUUUGCUCAGAAUAUUAGGAUGUCUCCCAUGGAGGGUUGUACUCAUUCCACUGGUUAAUGUUUUCUUCCACAGUGAUGAUUCAUUUUUCUGAGUUGGCCUCUCAUUGAAGUUUUCUAGUCUGUAUUUCUUAUCACAAUUUCAUAUACACACAUGGAGUGCUGAAUCCUGUUCAUUUUUGAUGAAAAUAUAAAGUUAGAAGUUUUAUUUGACUGUUGUGUGAUUUUUUUUUUCAUGUGUGUUAUUUCUCUUCUCCUUUCUGUCCAAGGUAGUGUUAAUUGAAGUGGGUUUGAAUAUAAAUAGUCUUUUCUAAAGUUUUCUAAAGUUCUUAUUUAUCUUUGUAAAUUUUACGGAUUGAAAUGGGACCAAGAUAUUUUCAUUAAAAAAG